AUGUCCCAGAACAAGGCUCUCGUCUUCAAGAAGGUCCCUCAGGGAUAUCCUGUCCCUGGACAGGACAUUGUUGUCGAGUCCGUGUCGGUCGACGCCAACUCUCCCGCUCCUGCCAAUGGUGUUGUCCUGCAGUCUCUCUACACUAGCCUUGACCCCUACAUGCGUGGCCGUAUGCGCCCCGCUGAGGUAAAGUCCUACUCUCCUGCCUUCGCCAUGGACAAGCCCAUCGACAGCAGCUCCAUCGCUAAGGUCCUCCGCUCCAACAACUCCAAGUACAAGGAAGGCGAUUUGGUCAUUGGAUUCGUCCCCAUCCAGGAGUACAUUGUCCUGGACGAACAGUCCAUCGUCCGCAUUCGCCCUCUCGAGAACCCCUUGGGCAUUGAGGAUAUCCGUGUCUUCCUGGGUGCCCUUGGUAUGCCCGGUCUGACCGCUUAUUCGUCCCUGUACGAAAUCGGCAAGCCCAAGAAGGGCGAGACCAUCUUCGUUUCUGCUGCCAGCGGUGCUGUCGGUCAGCUGGUCGGUCAGCUCGCUAAGCAUGAGGGCCUCAAGGUCAUCGGCAGUGUCGGAUCGGACGACAAGCUGGAAUAUAUCACCAAGGAGCUGAACUUCGACGGUGGUUUCAACUACAAGAAUGAGAAGCCCGGCGAUGCGCUGGCCCGCCUGGCCCCCGAGGGUAUCGAUAUCUAUUAUGAGAACGUUGGAGGUGAGCACCUGGAGGCUGCUUUAAAUGCCAUCAACGACUUUGGCCGUAUCGUCGUUUGCGGCCUGAUCUCGCAGUACAACUCGGCCCCCUACCCCAUCAAGAACAUCCAAUACGUCUUGACUAAGCGCCUUACUAUGCGUGGCUUCAUUGUUGGUGAUGCCGGCAUGGGUGACAAGUACACCAAGGAGCACCAGGAGAACGUUCAGAAGUGGAUCAAGGAGGGUUCGUUCAAAGCUCUGACCCACGAGACUGCUGGCAUCGAAAAUUCGGCCGACGCUCUACUUGGCAUCUUCCACGGAAAGAACAAGGGCAAAGCUGUCCUGAAGUUCUAA